AAGCUCCAAUCUGUAUCUAUAGUGCUGUAUACACCAUAUAUAAUUAGUGAUUUGCAAGAUAACCGGGCCACACAUACAUGCUGUCACUUAUUAUUGAUCAAAUCUAAACAAUACCCUACAUCGUACCUGCGUAAUGUAUGGUUCCUGCCUAAUGCAUGUUGUGUUUCCAUGUGAAUAAUAAAAGGUAAUGUACCCCCAUGAGAAGAAAACCCUCUUCUUGGAUCCACUUGGAGAAGGGAAAGGCAAAACGAAGGUGUGCCUGCAGUCUACAAGAGCCUUUAUGAGGAUGAAAGGCUGCAAGGUGUCAAGAUGGACAUGCAGCACCCUCCCCCAUAAUCGCCAACAAGACAGCACAUCCUGUGGUGUCCUGGCCUUAAAAUUUGAAACCUCACAGAAGGCAGUGCACGAGCUGAGGCUGGACAUUGCUACUUCUCUCCUCAGAGAAUCUGAUGAUCUAAGCAGGCUUUGCUUUUACUGCGGGAUGGAGGAGCAGGAUGAAGAACAUUGGAUUUGCUGUGACAUUUGUCAGCAGUGGUACCACCACCAAUGUGUACAAAGGCCUCCAGUUGAUCAACCGUACUUGUGCCCUGGAUGCACAUAAUGCCCCGAAGGAACCAUCAUUAACUGUCCACUGUCAUUUCAACCAAUGCAACUAUUGUUUGGCCUGUCAUAAAAUGCACCCCACCCCAAAAGAGGUUUCUAUGAAUCCCACCCUCAAGCAUUUUUCAGGGUAUGGUUCUAGGACUGGUACCAAUAAAUGGAGCAAGUUUCAUGAAUGUGAC